UAUUUGCUUUUUAUUUUAUUUUCUUUUUUCUUUUUGAAAUUAUCUCCAAAUACUAUAGAUUUAUAUUUAGGAAGAUCGCAAAGGUUAAGUUCGUGAUUUGAAAAUGGAAUCACUUUGAAUAUUUUUUUGUUUCCUUGUUUUUUCUUUUUUUUCCCUCUCUCUCACUUUCUCUCUUUUUGAAAAUAUGGCGGGAGAUUCGUAUCGUUUCGUAUUCGAUAUAUUCUCGUUAUUAUCUCUCUCUCUCUCUCUCUCUCUCUCUCUCUCUCUCUCUCUCUCUCUCUCUCUCUCUAUCAUCUCUAUCUCUAUCUCUUUCUCUAUGUCGUGUAUCAAACGAAAUAAAGUAUUUAUAUGCCUCUCUCUCUCUCCCCCUCUCUCUCUCUCUCUCUCUCUGGACAAGACUCUAGAAUAGUUGAAAUCCGUGAACUUUUUACACUUUUGAUCGCGGGAAUGGUUACAAAGUCGUCUCUGUUUUGUAAGAGCCAUUCGCGACGAUUCGCUUCGGAAUCUUUUUUAUCUCUUUCCUUUUCUUCUGUUUUUUUUUUUUUUUUUCCCCCUUUGCAUCCUCUUCUCCACGUAAACUGGCAACGUAAGCGUGUUCGUACCAAUGCCAUUGGGAGGUCUCUCGGACUAGUAUUGAGGCCUGCGCCAGUGUACGUCAGCGAAACAUAAUGCGCUACGCUCGACGAUUUUACAUUUUGAAUGUAAUGGCAUUUGAAUAAUGCCGAAACUCAUUUGUGAAACGAUAAUUGUGAGAACGAUAUCAAGAUUUAUUAUUCGAAAUCACGUCCUAUCAAUAUUCGGCCAAAUGUAACGAUUUAUAUGAUUCUAAGGCAUAAGGAUGUCAAAGCGACUCAGCUUCUAUGGUCUGGUUGGACUGGCGUCCCUCUGCAUCUUCUUCCUCGCAUUUAAUCAGCGCUACAGCAGCUAUCUUGAGCAUCGACUACAGCCGGUAUUAUCGGUCAGUAAUUAUUCGGAGGUGGGGAUUGCUCUUAAUCGAGUCACGCCAAACACACUCUUUUGGACGGACGUUGAAAUAAGGCCAAGGAUCGUCAGAAUCCAAGAAUCUGUAACGACAUACAUCAAAGGUUCAAACGACAAUGCCACGAUCAUCGAAAUACAAGAAGUCUUAGAUCAACAAAGAAGAGCCAUAGAAAGGGAGAUGCAAAAUUAUGAAUAUCCCAAUGGAAAAUAUGGUCUCAAUAUUAGUAAAUUGGACGACUUAGUUAUGGAGAAAGAUGGUACUCCAAUGAGAAGUAUAAUUUUGACAAGUUGGCGAAGUGGUAGCACAUUCCUUGGCGAUGUCAUAAAUGCACAUCCAGCAAAUUUCUAUCACUACGAGCCAUUACUUGAUUUUGGAAUUGUACAAAUCAGAGGUCCACCACUUGCGGAGGAAGCGCUUCAAAAUAUUGAAUCCUUGUUAAAUUGCAAUUUUCAUAAUCUUGAUAGAUAUCUAGAAUAUGGGAAAACUCAUCCAUGGGUCUUCAAUCACAAUACACAUUUAUGGCGUCAAUGUCAAAUACAUAAAAAGAUCUGUUGGGAUUCGCGUUUCGUUUCAAAAUUUUGUCAAUUAUUUCCAUUUCAAUCGAUGAAAUUAGUACGUUUAAGAUUACGUGCGGCAGAAGAUCUUUUAGCUAAAAAACGUUUAGGGAUAAGAUUGGUAUUGUUGGUACGUGAUCCACGAGGAAUUUUACAAUCAAGAAAGCAUAGAGAAUGGUGUCCUACCAGUCCAGAUUGUUCAGAUCCAGCUUUGGUCUGUGCUGAUAUGGUUUCAGAUUUCAGUGCUGCAGUACGUUUGAUAAAAAAAUAUCCACAUUCUUUCAGGGUGGUGCGAUAUGAAGAUCUAUCAGUAGAACCGUACAAAUAUGUGAAGGAACUUUAUACAUUUUAUGGUUUGGAUUUCCAUCCUAAUGUAAAAAGAUUUUUAGAUACUCAUACAAAAAGUGACGUUGGUGGUGUAUCGAGUACGUUUCGUAAUUCUAAAGUAGCCCCAUUUCAUUGGAGAACCGAUUUAGAAUUCGAAGAAGUUGAUGAAAUUCAAAGAGUGUGCGGAUCUGCUAUGAGAUUAUGGGGAUACGUUGAAGCAAUUAAUGCUACUCAUCAAAAAGAAUUUGAUCCUAUUACGGAAUAUCAACUACAAUUGUGACAUCUAUUGUAUAGAAUAUUUCCAACUGAUAUGGUGUACAGUACAGUAGUAUAAAAUAUCGAGACUAUAAGAAUUAGUUAUUUUGAUUACGUGCAGCACAUCGAGAUCAUCGAGUAUGGUACACAAUUCGUGAAAAUAAUAUUCAUGAUGGAUGGUGUUCCAUAGGGACAUAUACUCAGGAAUAUAGUAACAACAUACCACCUGUGAAUAUUUCAAUAUUCAACUAUCGUAGUUAGAAAAUUUUUUCAAUUCUGAAUAUAUUUAAUCUGAGAAGACCAAUGGUGAUGCCGUUCCUCAAUAAAAAUAAUAAUAAAAAGAAAAAAAAAAAAAAAAAAAAGAAAAAAAAAGAAGAAGAAAAGAAAAAGAAAAAAAAAAGAAAAAUGAAAAGAGAAAACAGAAAACAAGAAAAAAAGUAAUAUAAUAAUAAUAAAAGUCUCUUUAGAAGUAUUGCGCCAAUGCGAAGAACAAAAAUAAUUUGUUGUAGGUUUUAAAUGAUUGAAUUUGUUAGGUCGUAUAAAUAUACCUAACAACACAUUUUGACACAAAAAAAAAAAAAACAAACUAUAAUAUCUACUCAUAUCAGUGAAUCUCUAGUUAAAUUAUCAAAAUUUGUAUGACCCUCUCUGGAGAGUCAUUUCUUAGAUACGAACAAAAAAAAUAUCUAUUAUAACGCUUAUAUCCAAUAUUUUAUGAUAAAAGCUGAUUUUCUUUGUUUUUUUUAUUUUUUUAUUUUUUUUUUGUAAUAACUCCUCAUGUAGGUCACAAAAGACAUAUUUACGUAAAAUAUAACAUACGUCAUAUUAUAUACUCAAAAUGAUUCAUAAUUCUAUUUGAUUGAUUAAAAAAAAAAAAAAAAAGGGAAAAAAGAAUAAUAAAAGUAACAUUUACACAUAUGUGUAUAGUUCAAACUCACGAUAAUACUCCAUUUCAUUUUUCACAAGUUCUCUUUAUAUAUAUAUAAAAAAUUAAAAAAAAAGCCUAGUUGAAAAAUGCUGUGAAAUACUAUAUAUACACACACACACAUACACAUAUGAUAAACUAAUAAUGUAAAUUUUAAAAUAUAUUCGAUUCUGGCAAAUUAGUUGAUAAGACAAUUUUCGAAGUUUUACACAAUAUACAUAUUGUUACAUUUGUAAAUCUAACUGCGAAUUAAUUUAAUCGACAACUUAUGGAUCUGGUUUAUAAAUCUCGAGAAUUGACCAAUGACCGUGCUUAUAUAUAUAUAUAAAAAAAUAAUAAUAAAAAAAAAAAAGAAAAACAGAUAGAGAGAGUUAACAUAGACUUGCUUUAAUUUAGUAAUAUAUAUAUAUAUAUAUACAUAACAGUCAGUGGUGAGCAAAUUAUACUUCUAUGUGUUACAAUUAUAUAUUGUUAAAUUUACAAAUAGUAAUAUCACUUUUUUUAUAAUUUAUUUUCAAAAAGCAAACGAAUAUAUAUUAUUUGUAAAUAUUAUUAUAUUGGUUGUGUGUUAUAAAAAAAAAAAGAAAAGAAAGAAAAAAUAAUAAUUUGAAAACUAUAGUUUGUAUAUCAUAUAAUUGAUAUAACGCAAUACGACCAUCCUAAAACUAUGCAUAAUACAUAAUAUGUGAUGAUUUUGUGUUCAAUGCAUAGAAAUAUGAAUAUAUUAUCUUAACAAUUUCUAAGGUAUACAAAUAUGUGCAAGUAUUAUAUAAAAAAUACAUUGCUCCAAACAAUUAUUUCGCACGCAAAAAUAUCUCAUACAUCCUGCUAAAAUAGUUCAGUCUACUUUUAAUCGAUAGAAGAUAUGAAUCAUAUGAUAUUAAAAUUAUACGUUUACAUUGAUUAAUUUUACAAAAUCUUACGUGAACAUAAAAGAACAUAUACACGUAUAAACACACUAAGCUUUUAUCGUCAUAUAUAUAUAUUUAGCAUGAAUACAAAAGGCAUAAUGGCGAUAUGAUGGCCAUGAUUGAUUUAAUGCAACAAUUUUUAGAUUGUAUAUGUUAUUUUUAUUAGAAUUUCUGCAUAUCCAAUAAAGUAUAUAUUAUAUAUUUUUACAAUAAUCAUAAUGAAUCAAUAUAAUCCAUUACUGUUCAGUUUGCAUCCAAGGUUGAUAGAUUUCACGUACUUUUUGUGAAUACAGCCCCCAUAUAUCCAAACAUAGUGCUUUUUCCAAAUUAUAGGGCUACUCGUAAGGCCAAGGAUGAUUACUUUUUUUUAGGCAGGAAUGAAAAGAAAAAAAAAAAAAGAAGAAAUAUAAAUUAAAUUAAGAGAGAAAGAAAGACGACAUAGAUUUAUCUAGUAGAUUAUUUUUCAUUUCAGGAUAAUAAAAUUUUAUCAUUAGGUAUCAUAGCGUAUAUUGAACAUCAUGCGUAAUAUUAACAAUUCAAUGAAUUAUAUUAAUUUUUUUGUCAUUGUUAAUUACUUACAAGAUGAUAUAUAUUAUUUUGUUUCGUUAGUUUCACGUUGAAAUUUUGUAAUGCUUAAACUCCUGUCUUGAUUUUUUUGAAGCAUUCACUGAAAAGAUAAAAAUAAAAUUGAGUUGAAAUUUUCAAUAUAAAUGUAAAAAGACAUUCCUUUGGUAAUAAUUAAAAAUAACUCAGUGAGGGCAAGUUGUAAGUCAUGGAUUAUCAUUAUAGCGUAUAAAUAUGUUUAACAUCAUAGUACUCUAAUAAUAAAUAUAUAAGCGAUAACAAAAUCAUCAUUUUUCACAUUGAAUUUUAUACUAACCUGAAUUAAAAAUUUUGUAGAAACGUUUAUCAGCGAUUCGAUCUCAAUUUGUCCGUCUAAUAAAAAAAAAAAAAAAAAAAAAAAAAAAAAAAAAAAUGCAUUGAAAAUAUAUUCAAAUAAUUGUAGAUCAUGCAUUUAACUACUAUGUAUGAUAAUUCAGAUAAUUUUUUACAUCAAUAUAAAUAUUUCAACCAUA